UGCAAAUUUAAGAUGAAUUUCAAUUGGCCUGAACAAUACAUUCGCAAGUCGGUUGGCUACUAUAUUGCACCCACAAGCAGCCCCGAGGAAAAUUCGACUCCCAAUGUGCAGGCGGAGGAGGACAAGCCGUACUUUGCCAGCAACAUUAAGCACUAUCCGCACUUGCAACCGAGCAGCCUCACCUGGGUGCCCGACUACCUAAGCUACGCGGAUCUGAAGGAGGCAGUGGACAAGGGCUUCGACCCGAAGCAGUUGCGCCCCACCAACGUACCCUGGUCCAAGUUCAAAUCUCAAAGCAACACUCUCUUCGAUUGGCCGAAAUACACUCGGACUGGAGGCCAGUAUGCCCACGGCAAUGCCAAUGCCCAUGGCAAUGCCAAUGCCCAUGGCAAUGCCAAUGCCCAUGGCAAUGCCAAUGCCAAUGCCACGCAGAAGAAGAUGCAGGAGAAUGUGCGUCCGCCAAAUGGCCGAUUCUAGGGGCGACCGUCGGUGGCAAAAACUCCUCUAAUUAGCCAAAGCCGGUUCAAAAUCAAUCCUUGGGGCUUGCCAUAACCCCCCAGCAGCUCGCUUCGCAUGGGAUAUUGUACCGAUAUGUAUGAAAACUAGAUAGAAAUAAUAAAGAAAUACAAUAACAAUUUAA